GCAGCUCACUUUCCUUCUGCCCACAUGCACACAGUCCUCGGUCCUAGCCAGCCAGCCAGUUAUCACACUCCAGUGACUCCACACAGCACAAACUAGAAGUUGAUUCGUUUGGUUGCUUGGGCCGGCCGGCGAGCGACUCGAUGGGCAAGGACAAGCACCACCGCGACUGGAUCCUCCGGCGGUGCUGCGGCUCCAUCGCCGCGUGCAUCCUCACGCUCGCCGUCCUCGUCGGCUUCAUCGUGCUCGUCAUCUACCUCGCGAUACACCCCUCCAAGCCUUCCUUCUACCUCCAGGACGUGCAGCUCCGGAACAUCGACCUCUCCGACCCGGCGAUCUCCCUCAACCUCCAGGUGACAAUCGCGUCGAGGAACCCGAACGACAGGGUGGGGAUCUACUACAAGACGCUGCACGUGUUCACGACAUACCGGGACGAGCCGAUCACGGUGCCGGUGGAGCUGCCGGCGAUCUACCAGGGGCACAAGGACGUGUCGGUGUGGUCGCCGGUGAUGUCCGGGGAGUCGGUGCCCGUGGGGCAGUACGUGGCCGACGCCAUGAAGCAGGACAUCUCCGCGGGCUACGUGCUGCUGCACGUCAAGGUGGACGGCCGCGUCAAGUGGAAGGUCGGCAGCUGGGUCUCCGGCGGGUACCACCUCUUCGUCACGUGCCCCGCGCUGCUCGCCGCCAGCGGCGGCAACGUCGGCGGCGCCUUCGCCAUGAGCGCCACGGCCGGCGGCGUCGGCGCUGGCAACGCGACCGUCUCGCUCAAGUUCGCGCAGGCGGCGGACUGCACCGUCGACGUGUGACGACACGGACACCGUACGUGCCAGUACGCUAGCUUGUCGCCGGAGAACGCACGCACGCACGCAUGGCGGCGCCGUCAUCAGAGCGACAGACUCAACGGCGCGCCGGCUCAAGUCGAAGAAGUGAUUAGUAUCGGAGUAGCAACCGUAACAGUCUAAACCUUAUUAUCGAGUCAGCGCUUCUUUUUCCCCCUUCUGAAUCUGUGCAGAAUAAAGCCACCUUAUAUGUAUACACACCCUAGUAUCAUUUGUCAUUGUCGAACAACCUUUAUGCAUCAAAGAUUAUAAGUCACAACACAAUUGAGUCGAUCGAUCGAUCUCCCUGUAAAAAAAAAAAA